UUUAAAGUUUGAUCAAGAAGACUUGUGUUAAGUUCAACCCUCUCUCUCCUUCUCUUCUAAGCUUCACCAUUGCAAAUUUCAACCCUUCUUUCACCAAAACCAGCAUAAUCCAAGAGUGCAAGUGCCCUUCAUCUGCUCACGUGCGUGUCACAGCCCCAACACUCGUUGUUCGCACUUCUCCCUCCCUCCAAAGAUAAGUGCUUCACUUUGAUCACACUCAAGUUCGUAUUGUUUGGGCUGCAUGCACCAAUCCCAUAACCAUGACCAUGGCAAUGGUGAGAGGAACUUCUUCGUGUUCUUUCUUCCGCGGAAUCUUUGCCCAAUUCCGAAACCUCACCUCUGACACCAAAAACCUAGAUGCUAAAGAUUGCAACUUUAUGAUCCAUGAAAUUUGUAGGAUUACUCGAACGAAGCCCCGUUGGGAGGAAACCCUUCUUUCACUCUAUCCAUCUUUCGAUUUUUCUGACCCCUCUUUCUUCCUCCUUUAUCUUAAGCAACAGAACAACGCCUUCCUCUGCCUUCGAUUCUUUCACUGGCUUUGCUCUUCUUGUGCUUUCUCACCUCACCAAUCUUCUUGCAAUGCCCUUUUCCGUAUGCUUGUGGAUGCUGGAGCCUGCCAAGCAGCAAAGUCUUUGCUUGAUUUCUCGGGUUUCGUCCCCGAUCCUUCUUCCUUGGAGAGUUACAUUCAGUGUCUCACUGGGGCUGGGAUGGUUGAAGAUGCGGUUCAUAUGUUAAAAGGGGUUGGCUUUUGCCCCUCGCUUGCAACUUGGAAUUCUUCUCUUUUGGGUUGUUUGAGGGCUGGGAGGACUGAUCUGGUUUGGACAUUGUAUGAACGGAUGAUGGAAUCUGGUGUUUUUGCUAGCAUUAACGUUGAAACUGUUGGAUAUCUCAUAAUGGCGUUCUGUGCAGAAAACAACGCUUUCAGAGGGUAUGAGCUUCUUAGGGAACUUCUGGGAAAUGGCUUGCAUCCUGAUAAUGUUGUUUUUAAUGCACUUAUACGUGGGUUUUGUAAGGAGGGACACUAUGCUAGAGUAUCUGAGAUCCUUCAUAUUAUGAUUGCCAAGAAUUGUAAUCCGGAUAUCUUUACUUAUCAAGAAAUCAUCAAUGGACUCUUGAAGAGGAAGAAUUCUGAGGGUUUCCGGGUUUUUAAUGAUCUCAAGGACAGAGGAUAUUUUCCAGACAGGGUUAUGUACACAACAGUGAUCAAGGGUCUAUGUGAAAUGGGAUCGAUUGGGGAGGCCAGGAAGCUGUGGUUUGAGAUGAUUAAAAAAGGACUUCAGCCAAAUGAAUACACCUAUAAUGUUUUGAUGCAUGGGUAUUGUAAGAUUGGUGAUCUUGUUGAGGCGAGGAAGAUCUUUGAGGAUAUGCGUGGUAGAGGAUACGCAGAAACCACAGUUUGCUAUACCACAAUGAUUUCAGGUUUGUGUCUGCAUGGAAGGACAGAUGAAGCAUUGAGCUUGUUUGAAGAAAUGUUUCAAAAGGGAAUUGUUUGUGAUUUGAUUACAUACAACUCCCUUAUUAAAGGCCUUUGCAAGAAAGGUGAGCUAGUUAAGGCUACGGAACUAUUAAAUGAACUUCUGGCACAUGGUUUAGAGCCAUCAGUUUUCUCUUUCAAUCCUCUUAUAAAAGGGCUUUGUGAAGUGGGAGACACACAGGGCGCAAUAAGGUUGUGGAAAGAUAUGCAUGAUAGGCAUUUGGAACCAACAGCUUGUACACAUGAUUAUAUUAUAACUGGAUUAUGUAAAGAAGGAAAUUGUGUGCAAGGAAAAGAAUGGUUGCUAAACAUGCUGAGUUGGAAGCUGAAACCCCAGGAGCAGACUUUUGAAUACCUGAUUACCUGUCUGUCACAAGAGGAUAGGUUGGAUGAUAUUUUGGUUGUUUUAGAUUUCAUGUUUAGAAUAGGAUAUAGACUUAAAGAAAGCACAAUUCAUUCUCUGGUGAGUAAAUUUAGCAGGGAUAAUUUUCAUCUUCCUGACUUAUGUGUAGAGAAGAUCUUAGAAAAAAAUUGAUGUAACUGAUUUUUGUUUGUAUCUUCUAUUUACUAUCUAUGACCAAUAAAAUGAGGAAUUUUGAGAUUC